AAAAAUAAUAAGCAGCUUUCCGUCCACAAAACAAUAUAAAGUCCCUUAAUACGAUCUGAACCCAUCUCCAUUCAAGUGUAUAGAUAGAUAUAGAAGAUCAAGUUUUGAUGAACAAACAAAUAAUGGAUUCAGGCCAUGAAAUCCCAUUAUUUGCCGGACAAACUGAAACCCCAAAGUGGACGAGGGAUUUAAUCUCCAAAAGGAGAGAUCUAGAUUCUUUUCUAGGUAUUCAUGGAACGCCAGCAGCAUUUUAUCGAUCUUUAUCUUCCCACCAGCGACAGGUCGUUGAAAAUGUAUGGGACAAAUUGGACGAUGCUAUUAUGGAGUCAAUACUGGAGUAUCUCACCACAGCGGAGGUAAUGAGUUGCCUAUUGGUUUGUAAGCGAUGGCUAUCGUUUAUCUUGUCUACUCCUAUAUCAAACCGCCAGUUGAAUAAGAAACGUACUCCAUGGUUCUUAUUGUCUCACAAUUCCUCAACAACCUCCGGGAUUCUUUACGACUCAGAAGUUUCUCUUUGGCGACAAAGCUGUUGGAGUGGAUUUGGCAACUCUUCAGCAAUCUUUGGGAAAGUUGAUAAACUAACUCCAGUUGCUGCUUCUGCUGGGGUGGUCUGCUUUCGAUAUGGAUCAUCAUUUUUCGGAACCACUAGUAGUGCUUGUCCUCUUAUUGUGUUGAUAUGUUACCCCAGCUAA